GCGACCUCCAGCGGUUACAGUUAGAAUAGCAACUUUCGAUGUGAAGAAAUCCUCCUUGGUUUUCAUGGUUUUGACAGCAACAGUUUUGAAGUGUUAACAUGCAUACAGACAUUAGGCAGUAAAGCAAUCAAUGAAUCAAUCUAACCGCAUUUCCAUCAAACCGAAGAACUCUACUCUACAAAGGAAAGGUGCAGCUUUUAAACUGACCGCUAGGAUCGCCUUUCUCUAGGAAGCUUGCGUAACGUUCCUUCCGGCUGUCUGAUAGAGGUCAACGCGUGGCGGCGGCGAGCGAGACAUUUUGUCUGUGUUUUAUAGCAAAUACACCAUCAUGUUCUACAAAUUUAACAACAUCUCAGGAAGAAUAGGAGCCGCGUCACAACAGGCUGCCUUCAGACCGGAGGGCAUCCUGCCACUCACACAGGCAGAAGCCCCGCCCUUGAUAUUCGGCUCACCUGUAAAACCGGCAGGUGAGGAGGCGGUAGCUCCCAGGGGGAAACCAGCGAUGGUCCGGAACAAGGUCCCAGAGAUGCAGCAAGUCAUGCAGAGACCAGGGAACCUGUUGUUCGUGAAGAGGGGAGGACUUGACGCCGUGCUGUACAGAGGGACGAUGGGGCUGGUCGUGGUGGGAGUAGCGUACGCCUGCUUUGGGCUGUUCCAGGCCAUGAUGCCCAAGAAGAGCGAGGACUGACCCCGCCUGAUGCACUAGACAUUGUGACUGGGAUGGGGCAAUAUUCACAACACACUCACUAGUCCUCACAAUGUCGCCGGUGACGUGUGGUUUUGAACGUUGGACUGUGAUGGGCUGAAGGUUUUGAUGGGGAUAAUUGAUAUACAACUUACAAGAUAUGUCAACAAAUACACUAAGUUUCUCUUUCUGAGUUUCACACAUUCUAUACAAGCCUUGCUUAUGCCACUAGUAAUGUGCGCUGGCUGACUUUUUAUAGAAUAGGAGAAAUUGUAUCAAAUAUUAUGCUGCAACAAAUAUGACAGCCUGUAUAACAACCUACACACCAGUAAUAGUUUUAUUACAUGUUAGAGUUGCAUGGUUGACAACUCAACCAAGCGCACAUGUACAGUAUUCACAUUGAAAGACAAGCUGUUAUAUGUGAUGGGUGAAGUCAAAACAGUCAGACCUGAAUCUGCCAUAUACUAAUAACUUCAUGUGUGUGCACAGUUUAUUCUGAAACAAGCUCCCUGUAUAGUCCUGUAGAAUUGUACAUGCUGUGUACAAUAUUUUGAUUCACUGGAGUUCCUGCAGUAUCAAAUGUGGCCUAGAUUGUGAAAGUAUGAAUACAAGAGACAUCAUUAUAUGAUAACUAUGCCUGUAGAUUUCUUGGGUCUACAACACCAGAGUUUUAUUCUUGUGUUCUCUAGUCUUAAUGGCAGGGAAAUAAAGUUUUGGAAGUAUUU